GUUGUGUGCCGCCUGCCUAUGUCGGGGUUGGGGCGGCUGGAGCUCCCCUGGGCACCACCACAGACAUCGAUGAGUACGGACAGUCGUCCUCCUUACCAAAAGUUCCCAAGUACGCUCAACAAACGCUAAUUUUCUCCUACGAUUUUCUUCCUGUUACAAAAUCGGACUGAUUUGUGGGCACAACUCUUCACUCAAGUAACUCGCAUUCUUGGUGUGUUCUUAUUUCAUCUCAAUGUUCUUUAUUUUAAUUUUCUCUCCUCAGAUUUCCAGUCAUGCUGCCCAGAAGAGGACGCUUCUUCGUUUGCUUCACUCCUCCUGGCCUUUUGCUAAUGGCUUUGUGGGGAGCCAGCAGCAUGCCAGCUUCAUCUUCAGCACCAGACCAAGACUCCUGUCUGCCCAUCCACUGCACCUGCAACUUCUCUGCAGCUGCAGCCCCCCAGAUUGUAACGGUGGUCUGGCACCAGUAUGCGGAUACACUGCAAAGCACUCUGGGGCCUAGUGAUCAGCAUCUCAUGGACGGCAAAGACAUUCGAGUUAAUUGUGGCCUUCUGGUGGACAACUGUAACGGGACGUGUGGCGCCACUCUGUGCUUCAGGACUCACUCGCACGCCUCUGAUCUGACUGUGAUGCUACGCAGAAACAAUGCCACAUUGUUGGCCAGUGACAACGUGUUUAUGUCCUGCUACAGCCGUGCCAGUCUUCCUGCUACGACACACCUGAAUGGGACCAGGAUGGUCGGCUUAACUUGGCUCUCCAAGGACCUGACGAUAUCGGAUGUGGAGCGAGGUAGGAACAUCUCCUUCCACAGGGAACAGAAUGAAACAGGCAAAAGAAAAUUGUUUGCCCCCCUGAUUCCGACCCAUCUUCCACUUUUACUUGCUUUAUUUUUGGACAUUUCCAACGAUGAGAUGCCCGAGGGAAUCUGA